AUGGCCACCACAUCAAUCUUCACAGACGGCGCUCGGGCGAAGGAUACUUAUUUCCUCGACGGCGCGAAGCGGGCAGAGUUUGACCGUCUCGAACGGCAGAGCAGAUGUCUCAAUACGGUGAUGCAUAAGUCGCCCUUCCAUGCCCGGCCUACCAACCCCUCCCACAUCCUCGAGAUCGGCUGUGGCACUGGUUUGAACACCUGCCAACUAGGACGCCUCUACCCGAAGGCUCAAGUUCUCGGAAUCGAUCCCUCUCCUGUCCCGGAUAUCCAAGACAAACCACCGAACGUAACAUUCACCCAAGGAAGAUUCGAAGACCUCCUCGAGACCACAGUGCUGGCUCAAGGCUCCUUCGACUACGUCUACGUCCGCGUGCUAAUGCUUGCGAUCGGCGACUGGUCGCUCUUUCUCUCCCGCAUUAUGUCAGUCCUGAAGCCCGGUGGCUGGGUGGAGAUGCAGGAAAUGGAUCCGCUGCGCUACUACGGCCCGUCUUCAACGGAGCCGGUGGGUGAAGGAUGGGAGUGGUUACAAGUCAUGCGCGAAGAAAGUCUGGCCCGUGGUCUACAUCUCAGUAUCGGCGCCGAUCUGGCAUCGCUGAUGGGCGCAGCUGGGCUCCAAGAUGUGGUGGAGAAGCAGUAUAAGUUGCCUUUCACUCCUGUCCCGGAGCCAGAGUUGAGGGAGGUGCAGGAGUAUAUGAUUGAGUUCACGCCGACUGUGGUGUCAACUAUUUUGGAGCGGUAUUGUGAAGGAAGGUACAGUCGCGAGAAGAUUGAGGAUAUGAAGAGGGAAAGUAGAGAGACGGCGUUUGGAGGGAAGAUUGAAGGGUUGCAUUGGUGGAUGUACGUGGUUGUUGGGCGGAAAGCUUGA